GUAUGGUUUUGAUCGUUAAACGGUGUUGUACAUAUUGAGCUUAGACAGACCGAAAAACCUGUUGAACAGAGAAGAGACGACGAAUUUGAAAAAAAAAAACGUAAAAAAAACACACAAAUUUAUUUGUAUAUCGUGUGUUCACGGCGUGUAUUUUCAUUUCAUUCGAAAAUAUCGUACGUAUCGUUGUUGCACAAAUAUUAUCUGAAUAUUUUAUUCUAUUGUUUCGACUUGAUUUUUUUUUUCAACUCGAUUUAAAAUUUAUUUAAUUUUUGCUCGGCUGUACAGUGUGUGUUUUGUCAUUCUGAAUGGUUUUUCACGAUUUUUAUUUUUAUUUUCGUUCAUUUCCCUCAUUCGACUUGUGUACUCGGAUUGAUUGUGUGAUUCUGCCGUUGGAAUUAUGUGUGUCUGUGUGUGUAUGUUUUUUCUCCUGUGCUCUGGCAUUUCGUUAUUGAAUUCAAAUUAAUGGUUUCGUUGUUGUUGUAUAUUGUUUAUUUCUUUUCAAUUUGUUACUCAUGCCUGUUGUGCCCAUUUUUGGUUUAUUUGUUUGAUUUUUUUCACACAAAAAAAAAUCUGGCUGCCAUUUAGUGUGUCUUUGUCAUUUUUUGUUUCCAAAAAGACAAAAAAAUCGAACGAAAUAAGAGUAGUAAGCCAAUUUGCAGUGUGUUGUUUGCAUUCAAUUGUGUUGUAUGUGUGUGUGUGUGUGUGUGUGUGUGUGUGUGUGUGUGUGUGUGUGUAUGUUUCGAAGGCUCUCGUAGUUCGUUUCAUUUAAUUUGGAAAUUAUUUUAAUUGUAGUUGCAUUUGGUUUGGUGUGUACAAAGUGCUGAAAAAUGGUGAAAUAAUCAAACGAAAAAAAGCGCACAUUUGUUCUUUCGGCACAUUUGCCUCAAAAUUGUUCAUUCAAGAACAUAAAUUAGAUGUAGAAAUGGUAGUGAAUAGAGCGCUCCAUAUGCAUACGCACACAAAACGACAACUCAACCGAAAAAUGUAUGAAAAUCGCUUUUAUUUACAAAUUGAGCGAAAAAAAAAAUUGGUGAUUUCAAUUACGAACAUAGAUAAUGAGUAGCGUAAAAUAGUGCACCACUACACAUACACACAAGCCAACUCCAAUCGGAAAAGACUGACCGACCGACCGAAAAAAAAAUGGUUCACGGACAAUAAAUAAUUCGAUGAUGAAUGGUUUUGUUGGAAAUGCCAAAAAUCGAAUUCGAUUGUUUUGUGGUUCCUGUAAUUGGACAGUCUCACGUGUGUAUCGGUAUGAGCCGAAAGAAGAGAACGACGUCAAAAAUACAAAUUCCAUCAUUGGAUUAAUAUUUAUGUUCGAUUGCGAUGGAAAAACAGAGAAACAAAAAAAAACCAGUUUGAUGGUUCAUAUAGCCGAAAAAACGAGAAAAAAAGCAAAAACAACAUCGGUAUGCCGUGAUUCAAUGCUUGCAGUAAUCACACACAAUUCAUGUAUAUUUGAUUGCUUGCGGAUUGCUGGAUUCGUCAUCGCUUCUCUCAUACGAUUCGUCGUAUGUGCACUUUGUCAUCAGAUUCCAUUCAGUCGAUCUGUUGAUCGUGUUUAGAAUGAACGCGUAUUUUCCUUACCUGCAAUCCUACGCUACGUUACGCGUUCUACACUGAUUGAUGGCUUGAUUUUGCAAAUGAUAAAAAUGUGUCGUCGUUUUUCAUACAAAGCCGUAACAUUUUAGUGGCUUGUUGUAUAUUAUUUGGGUAUUUUUGUUGGACAAUUUUAUGAAACGGGACCACGAUAACAAUUGGAUAUUAAAAAACAAGAACUUUUCCAUUCGAUCGUACGUGUGCUUUCAUUCUAAAUUCUCCAAGAAUUUGUGUGUCUGUGUUGUGAAUUGAAAAUCCAUUGUGAAUAAAAGAUAAACACUAACUGGUACGGUUGAAUUAGCGCUAAGCGGAUACCAAUAUACAGCUUGGUAGUGCGUUUGAAUUGAAGGUAACCAAAAUCGACGAGAAAACAAAAUAAAAACAGAGCAAACCAAAAUCUAUAAACUCCCGGAGAGUGCCGUUUUGGAUCGCAUGUAAAGUUGCGGUGUGUGAAUCGCACGCAGAACAACAACCAGCCUAAACCAGCCAGAGAGCGCUUAGUUUUAAACGAAAGUUAAAUAAACGAAAACGAAACGUGACAUCAAGCCAUUCACUGCGUAACACCACUCAAGUUCGAAAGAAAAAGAAAAACACAUACACGGCAAAGCACCCGGACGGAUAUAGAGAUAGAGAGCAAGAACGAAAGUGAAAAACGAUUUAUUAUCUCGUAAUUCUAAUUGUCGAAUACGCCGUCUCGUGUGUAAGCGUGUGCUAUUGCGCUUGUGUGUCGAUUUUUUAAGUGAUCGAGACAAAUUCCUCUCCCUUCCUCCCAAACACACUCUCGCGAUCGCAGACAAUAUGAGCGAAAACAAGUUAACACGUUUAUGUCAUAUGGUGAAGCGUGCCGAUUUCGAUGGUUACGGUUUCAAUUUGCAUGCAGAAAAAGGCAAACCCGGCCAAUAUAUCGGCAAAGUGGAUGAUAAUUCACCAGCUGAAACGGCCGGAUUGAAACAGGGUGAUCGCAUUAUUGAGGUGAACGGCGUUAACAUUGGCAAUGAAACACACAAGCAAGUCGUAGCACGUAUUAAAGCGAUAGCAGAUGAAGUGCAAUUGCUGGUCGUCGAUCCAUCGAUUGUGUCCGUUUCAAAUAAUAAUCAAGUGAUCGAUGGCAGCACCACCAAUAGUGUAACAAGCACAAUCACACUGGCGGCCAAUGAACAUAGCAAUGGAAAUGACACAAAUGAUUCGGUGAGCAAUGAUGUUGCCGCCACCACCACCAUCGUCGCCGCCACAGCAACAACAAACGGCAGAAAUGGCCAGUCACCCAAUUCCAACAAAUCAAACGAUUCGCAUGCACAUAAUCCCACAUUGAACACAUCAUCGGUGACAACAACAACAACCACAGCUACAAAAGGUGCCAACAGCGAAGGACUUAAUUUGAAAAUGACUGCAGCCGAAUUGCGUGCAAAAUUAGCUGCCAAAAAGAAAUACGAUCCGAAAAAUGACACCGUUGACCUACGGAAGAAAUACGAAAUCGUACAAAAACUCUGAGAAAUCACCCAAAAACACACACAAAACACCUAACACCGAAUUACUAUUAAAAAUGCAAAACAUUCCAUUUGGACCAAGAGCAGACAGAAUGAAAUACAACAUCAACAACAAGAAAACGCCUACGGUAAAGCCGCUGUUGCAACGGCAGUAGCCAUCACCAUUAAAACUACAACCAUUGGAUUUAAACGUAAAGCAAGAAAACAAACAAAAAAAUGGAGAAAAGAAUAAGAAGAAAUAAAAUAAAAAACGGCAAACAAAUCAAAUUUAAUUUUAUGUAUGCAACAAUUGAAAAAUUGCAGCUAUUUUUAUUAUAUUCAUCAUAUUUAAAAAUUCUGCAAGCGUCGCAAAACGAAUGAAAAAAAAAAACAAAUCAAACGGUUUUGAAACGAAUGCAGCAAAAAAUGAACACAACGCACAAACACUCUAGCGACCGAGAUGAUAAUCAUAUACAUUUUUUUUUUGUUAUUCGGUUAAAUUUGAAAUUUUGUCAGCAGAAAAAAAGCAUAGCGAAUAGAGAACGAAAAGAGAGAAUAGAAGAGGCAAGCAGCAAAAACAAAAUGAAUAUAUGAAGAAAAAAACGCAUAAUAUUAACAAAUAACCAGUAGCCAUAGUUUUUUGUCAUUUGACAUGAAGAGAAAUGAAUGAAUUUGUUGAACACGAUUCAUUCGAAAUUGUAUCUUUGUUUGUUUUUUGCGUACCCGUUAACAAAAGCGAAACAAAAUAAAACAGCAAAAUCUAGUGAAUCUGAUUAAGUGUAAUCGUA